AUGACUUUGUUGAAAAAAGUCAUAAAAUUUCAUUUAUUUACAAAUUUUCUAUCUUUUGUGGCACUCCAAGGACCACCAAGAAAUGAUUUUGAUAGGAAAUUUCCGUACGGUUCUACAUUUAAAUCAGUUACUUGUGAAAAUUUUGAUGCCAAUAAUUAUAUGUUCUUGAGAAACUGCAGUGUUAAAGCUUAUUCAAGAAACUUUUCCGGAUUAAAUGUUGGAUAUACUUUACAUCGACCUAUGAACAGACCAAUUUUCCUUAAAAUUGUUACGAUGUUUAGAUAUGGCAACAUUUAUCGGGACAUACGACGCACGACUGUUGAGAUUUGCUCAAUUCUUGAUAAUCUUGAUAAACAGCCGGUUUUUAAGAACUUUAUAGGAGCAAUUGCAACACAAAUCGGAAAUCUUAUGCAUAAAUGUCCAUAUUCUGGCAGUUAUGAUGUUAAGAACUUAACAAUUGACGAUAAUGAACAUAAACAUAAAUUUUUGAAUCCCGAAGGAUUUUUUAAAAUUUGUUUGACAUUAUUAAAGCCAGCUGACAAACCACACGCUAGAUUGUGUGCCGUUUUUUAUGUGAAAUCACCAAUGAAGGAAUCUUAUGGAAAAUAA